UCGCGCGGGGCCGCCGCUAGGUGCCCGGGAUGGAGCCCGGCGGGCUCGGGGAACAGGCCGACUGGAUGCGGUUCCUGCGGAAGCUCAAGGAGGUCUUCGACGUGUGCGACGAGGAUGCGGACGGCUUCAUCCGGGUGGAGCAUUUCGUCGCCCUGGGGCUGCAGUUCGGCCAAGGGGAUGAGGUGGAAAAAUUGGCUAAAUACUUGGACCCAAAUGACCUGGGAAGAAUCAACUUCAAGGAUUUCUGUCAUGGAGUUUUUGCUAUUAAAGGCUGUGAAGAGUUACUGAAGGAUGUGCUGGCUGUCGAAAACCCUGGGUGUCGGCACUACGAGCCGCAGUAUGUGGAUUACUACUACCAGGGUCGCAAAAUCCAGGACGGUGCCUAUUUGGACGGUGAAAGCGCGUACAGUGAGUCAGAGCUGUUUCCUGAUGAAGACACGAUGACCCUGGCCCAGCAAGAGGUCCACCAUGAGUCCGACAUGGAUAGUGCCAUUGAGAGCGCGCAGAGCUCUGAAGCAUCCGACGUGUGUGGCAGUGAAGAGAAGGACAGCAUGCUCAGUGGACUCUUUCUGCCUGUAGACAAGUCAAGUCCUCACAACCCCUCUGCAGCCUCUGACCUCUCCACCUAUUCCACCGCCUCUCUGAUCAGUAACGAGGAACAAUUUGAAGACUAUGGGGAAGGAGACGAUGUGGAUUAUACUCCCAGCAGUCCAUGCCCUGAUGAUGAGACCAGAACCAACGCCUACUCUGACCUUGGCUCAUCUGUGUCUUCCAGUGCUGGGCAAACGCCAAGGAAAAUGAGGCACAUUUAUAACAGCGAGUUAUUGGAUGUCUACUGCUCACAGUGCUGCAAAAAAAUAAACCUGCUUAAUGACUUGGAAGCGAGGCUGAAAAACUUGAAAGCAAACAGCCCCAACCGAAAAAUCUCAAGCACAGCUUUUGGAAGACAACUCUUCCACAACAGUAACUUCAGCAGCAGCAAUGGCAGCACAGAGGACUUGUUCAGAGACAGCAUAGACUCAUGUGAUAAUGAUAUCACUGAAAAGGUCACUUCUUUAGAAAAAAAGGUGACAGAACUGGAGAACGAUAACAUGACAAAUGGAGACCUGAAGAGCAAACUGAAACAGGAGAACACGCAGCUAGUUCACAGAGUUCAUGAACUAGAAGAACUGUUGAAAGACCAGGAGACAUCAGCUGAACAAAUGCUGGAAGAAGAAAUAAAAAGGCAUAGAGAAGCAUACAGCAAGUAUGAAAAAGAAAAGGGCACUGAAAUUGAACUGCUAAAUACAAGGGUUCAACAGCUUGAAGAAGAAAAUGGUGAACUCAAAACCACCGUCACACGACUGAAAUCACAAACUGAGAAACUAGAUGAGGAGAGGCAACGCAUGUCGGAUAGGUUAGAAGACACCAGUUUGCGGCUGAAGGACGAGAUGGACUUGUACAAAAGGAUGAUGGACAAGCUGCGACAGAACAGACUUGAAUUUAACAAGGAGAGGGAAGCUACUCAGGAGCUCAUUGAGGACUUGCGAAAGGAACUGGAGCAUUUGCAGCUGUACAAACUAGAUUGCGAGCGCCCCGGCCGGGGGAGAAGCUCCUCGUCUAGUGUGAGUGAAUUCAACGCACGAACGAGGGAAGUGGAAAUGGAGCAUGAAAUUAAACGGCUAAAGCAGGAGAAUCAGAAACUUCGUGACCAGAAUGAUGACCUUAAUGGACAGAUCCUAAGUCUUAGUCUUUAUGAAGCUAAGAAUCUCUUUGCAACACAGACAAAAGCCCAAUCACUGGCUGCUGAAAUCGACUCUGCAUCAAGAGAUGAGCUCAUGGAAGCUCUUAAAGAACAGGAGGAGAUAAACUACAGAUUGCGACAGUAUAUGGACAAGAUUAUUUUGGCCAUCCUAGACCACAACCCAUCUAUCCUGGAAAUAAAAAAUUGAAGGACAAAAAAAAGCACUUGCCUGAUAUUUCUGCACAUGCCACUGGAUCUAAACAUCACUCUGAUACUGUAAAUGAUUCUAUAUAUAUCUUAUGUGUGAGUGUGGGUGCGUGGGUAUGUUUAUAUGAUGUCUGGUACACUUAUCUGUGAGUCAUCAAAUUGGCUUGAUUUGGUUUUUUUCAUGCACUUUCAAUAUCUGUGACAAGAUCACUACUGUAUAUUCAUGUAAUAACAGUAUAACUGGAUCACGCUGUUUUAGCUACUGGACAUAAUGACUCUACCUCUGGUUGUAAGGGUGAAAUACAAUGGAAACAUGUGGAUGUCUCCCCUCCCUUUAAGAACAAGAAUUACUCUUUCAUUCUUUCAAAUGAAUGAGGGUACUCCCAAAAAUUCGACGUAUCCAGGUUUGAUUCCUGACUGGUGCUGAAUACAUCACUCUCUAUUGAAUUUAGCUUUGCCAGAGCUUUACUACUGAAACCACAAAGAGGUAAAAAUAAGCCUUUGGCCAAACCUGUACCUUU